AUGUUUACCUCGUUGGAAGUCAUUGUUCUAGCCGAGGUCAAGAACUGGACAAAUAUGCAAGGAGUGGUGUCGGCUCCGGGCCCCACUGCUAUCUCUUUUCAGUUGGCUCGGGCCUAUUUGUUGCUUUCGCUUGUCUCUGCUUUGUCUCUGGCCUCCUUGGAUGCCCUCUGGCUCUCUAGCUCUAGCUCUCUAGCUCUGGCUCUCUGGCUCUGGCUCUUAAGCUCUGGCUAUUUGGUUUUGUCUCUGUGGCUCUGGCUCACUGGCUCUGGCCUGUCUGGUGGCACUGGCUGUCUGGCUCAGGCACAGGCUGUUAGGCUCUUGCUCCGGCUCUUUAGCUCUGGCUCUCUGGCUCUGGCCUCACUGGCUCUGGCCUCACUGGCUCUGGCCUCACUGGCUCUGGCCUCACUGGCUCUGGCCUCACUGGCUCUGGCCUGUCUCCGGCUUUCGCCUCAAACCUGGCUCUUGCAGGCCCAUCUGUGGCUCUUACUGGCCGAUCUGUGA